ACCCUAAGGGGAGAAUAGUACUCAAAUAAUAAAACUCAGCCGAGAGCUUCUGGCUCUCCGUGGACUAGUUUCGUUCAAUCUGAACGAGGAAACCACGUAAAAUCCUGUGUCGUGUUAUUCUUUGCUUCCGCGUUCAUCGAUUUUUACAUGGUAUCAGAGCUGUGAUUCGGAUCCAGCUUCUCUUUUGCCAUGGUUUUGGACGACGAAUCAUCGACUAAAGGUUCGAAGUCAACCAUGGAUACGGCAGCCGAUUCGCAACAAGGUCUUCCUUCGCAUCUGCUGUUACAUCAAUCUGAAAGUCCCAACAAUCUGUUUGUUGGAGAGUUGCUCACGGAUGUCAAUUAUGGAGAAUGGGUAGUUGACAUCACUGAUUCACUUAUCGCCAAAAACAAGAUUUGUUUCGUCGAUGGUACGCUUCCCGCCGCACAGAAUUUUGCUGAAAGGGAAGCUCUUAAGCGUUGCAACGCUAUGGUAAAAGGUUGGUUAAAAACGUCUAUGUCCAAGGAGGUACGCAAUAGCGUGCGAUUUGCCAACACAGCUCAGGAGAUUUGGAUUGAUCUUCAGUCCCGCUUCGGUCAGGGAAGCGCCUCGAGACUUUAUGAGUUGAAGAGUACAAUCAUUGGACUUCAGCAAGAGAAGAAGUCUGUAUCUUCUUUUUACACGAGGCUGCGUGGGUUAUGGGAUGAAAUCCAUUCCCUUACGCCCUCGAUGGAGUGCUCUUGCGCGGGCUGUACAUGCGACGUCAAGUGCCGUCAACGUGAAGUCCGAGAAGGGGAGCAGCUGUUUGAUUUCUUGAUGGGUUUAGACGAUGCUUUUGCCACCGUCAAGUCACAAAUACUCGCCAUGAAGCCGGUUCCCUCACUUGGCGAGGCGUACCAACUUGUUAUCAACGACGAGCAGCAACGACAAAUUGCUCAGAAUCGUCGGCCUCGGUCAGAGGCAGCCGUUUUUCAGGCUCAGGGGGAGCGUCGCCAGGAUCGCUUGGUUUCUCAAAUGGAUCGCGAUCGUGAUCGUGAUCAUGAGCGAGAUGCAGAUGGCAAGCCCAAGUGCUCGCACUGUCAGCGCGUUGGGCACUUCAAGGAAACUUGUUAUAGGUUAAUUGGGUUUCCUCCGAAGAACAACGAAAGCAAGGGAGACCAGGCCAGACGCAAAGGAGACAAGCGCUCGAGGACAGCCCCACAGGCAGCGCAAGUUGACGCCACCGAGAGUCCUGUUCCUGGCCUCUCACCUGCGCAGUAUGCGCAACUCAAAGCUUUGCUCGGCAGCGACUUGCGACAGAACAUGUCCUCUGAUCUUGACCCGGUAUCCAACAUGGCUGGUACGUUUUCUGGUAAACCUUCAGCUUGGGUAAUAGAUUCAGGUUGUACUGAACAUAUAGUUAAUCAUGAUUCUUUGUUGGAUGUCGAGUUGGAUAAUUCUCCAAGGUUACAGGUCAAAAUUCCAAAUGGUACAGGUGUUAAAGUGAAAAGUAUUGGUACCAGCAAGUUGUCUAGUAAUUUAUGCUUGGAUCGAGUACUUCAUGUCCCGGAUUUCCAGUGUAACUUACUCUCAGUCAGCAGGCUUACUACAGAUCUUCCAGUAGCAUUGAUUUUCUUGAGUGACUUCUGUGUUAUUCAGGACUUACCAUCCAAGAGGCUGAUUGGGAUGGGUAAGCAUAUAGAUGGUCUUUAUUAUCUCAAGUUGGUUGAUGACAAGCAUCCCGUGGCGGAUUCAGUUCAGCAGUCUGUGAGCAGGACAGAGUUGUGGCACGCGCGUCUUGGCCAUCCCUCCUUGGCGAAACUUAAUCUUUUGGAGAAGUUUGUUGAUUGUUCUUUCAUUCAGUCUAAAGAACCUUGUCGGUCUUGUUUGCGAGCUAAACAGACUCGGAAUCCCUUUGAACUCAGUAAAAUUAAGACUCAGUCUUGUUUUGAGCUUAUUCAUGUUGAUAUUUGGGGGAGCUACAAAACCCCAUCCACUUCGGGGGCACACUAUUUUUUGACCAUUGUUGAUGAUCAUAGUCGAGCCGUAUGGGUAUUUUUGAUGUGCCAUAAAUCUGAUGUUGGCCGCUAUCUUCUUUAUUUCUGUAACCUAGUACGAACUCAGUUUGAUAAACAGGUUCGCAGGAUACAGGCAGACAAUGGCCCUGAGUUUUCGGCCAAGUCAUUAACUGAAUACUAUGAGGAGCAUGGAAUCAUUCUUCAGACUUCCUGCACUGACACACCGCAGCAGAAUGGGGUGGUGGAACGUAAACAUCGCCACCUUCUUGAUACUGCUCGGGCUUUGCGAUUUCAUGCAAAUCUUCCUAUUCGUUUCUGGGGAGAAUGUGUGCUCACAGCUGCAUUUCUCAAUAAUCGAAUGCCGCUGGUCAGCAUUGGGAACAAGUCACCAUACCAGGUCCUCUUUGGCUCCGAUCCUGCGUAUGGACAUCUUAGAAGCUUUGGCUGUCUUGUUUAUGCGCGUGACACGCAUCAUGGCUUGCACAAGUUUGGAGAUCGUGGUAGAGCUGGUAUUUUUGUUGGCUAUCCGGCUAGCCAACGUGGCUAUCGAGUUUAUGAUUUGGAGAAGCGUCAUAUCUAUACUUCCAGAGACGUCAAAUUCUUGGAAGAUGUCUUUCCUUAUAGAGAUGUUGAUGAUGGUGAUCAUCCCACGCCAGCAUUGGUUUCUCAGCCCAAUUUUGGCGUGCCUCCUCCUGCCUUUUGUGAUGAUGAGUAUGUUUCCCCAGCAUCCACUUUGGACGCUAAUGACGAUGACUGCCCCGACUCUCCUGCCGCGGAUUUGAACACUCCAACAACUGAAACUUCGGCGCGCCAUACAGGUUCCCCCGCUUCAUCCUCCUCGUCCGAUCGGGCCGCUGCUCUGGCUGACGACCAGGACGUUGCACCACCCGUGGUGCCUGCUGUUCAGCAGACGGUGGAACCCCCUGUGCGCAAGAGUGAACGAACUCGCAUACCCUCUACUCGGCUACGCGGGUACGACGUUCAACUCCCGGGGGCAGCUCACUCUGCCACCGUCCAGUACCCUCUCGAUGAUUACCUCUCGUAUCAUCGCCUGUCUUCUGCUCACCAUGCCUUUGUAGCUGCUGUUACCUCGGUCACAGAACCAAAGAACUUCUAUGAAGCUGUGCAACAUAAACACUGGCGUGACGCGAUGCAGCGCGAAAUAGACGCCCUCAUCGCGAAUGGCACUUGGUCUCUUGUUAAUCUCCCUCCCGGUAAGCGACGGAUUGCUUGUAAGUGGGUGUUUAAGGUGAAAUUUAAUCCGGAUGGCACCGUUGAGCGAUACAAGGCACGCCUCGUUGCCAAAGGUUUUACCCAGGUUGAAGGCAUCGACUUCCACGAUACCUUUGCUCCUGUGGCCAAAUUAGUCACUGUUCGUUGCCUUCUGGCGGUAGCUGUCACUCGAGAUUGGCAUAUCCAUCAGAUCGAUGUGAACAACGCCUUCUUACAUGGCGAUCUCAGUGAAGAAGUUUACAUGUCUAUUCCACAGGGAUUUGCUCUACCAGGCGAUUCUCGGGUGUGUCUUUUGCAUAAAUCUAUAUAUGGGCUGCGGCAAGCUUCGCGGAAUUGGUACCAGAAGUUUACGCAGGCUCUCCUUCAGUUUGACUUUGUUCAAAGUCGGGCAGACCAUGCUCUUUUCAUUCAUCAGCGGGGCUCUUCCUAUGUUGCGGCACUUAUAUAUGUGGACGAUGUUAUUCUUGCCGGUAAUGAUCUCCCAUUCAUUAACCGCGUCAAGACUUAUCUUCACGAGCGGUUCACCAUCAAGGAUCUUGGCACUCUCAAGUACUUUCUUGGAAUUGAAGUUGCUCGUUCCCCGCGUGGUAUUGUUCUUAAUCAGCGCAAGUAUGUGCUCGAUAUCCUCGCCGAUACGGGCUUAGAAGCUGCUCGACCGUCUCUCACUCCUAUUGAGCAGCAACAUCAGCUUGGCCGUUCACCCUCUCCUCCUGCAGUCGACUUCAGUGCCUAUCGCCGACUCGUCGGUAGGCUCCUUUACCUUACCGUGACACGGCCAGAUAUCACUUACGCCAUUAAUGUGCUCAGUCAAGCUAUGCAGGCUCCCACUAAAGCACAUGAAGCUGCUGCUGUUCGGAUACUUCGCUAUCUCAAGUCUACUCCGGGGCGUGGUCUCUUCUUCCCAGCCUCGAACCCCCUUCAUCUCACUGCAUACUGUGAUGCUGAUUGGGGUGGUUGUCCUCUCACGAGACGUUCCACGACUGGCUACUACAUCCGCCUGGGUGCUUCUCCCAUUUCCUGGCGUACGAAGAAACAACAAGUCGUGGCGCGCUCUUCUGCUGAGGCUGAGUACCGUGCUAUGGCCAGCACUGUCAGUGAACUCCUCUGGCUCCGUUGGCUCCUGCGUGAUUUUGGGGUUACUUUUUUGGGUCCUACUCCGUUAUUCUGUGAUAAUCAAGCAGCACUACACAUUGCUGCUAAUCCGGUAUUUCACGAACGAACUAAGAAUGUUGAAAUGGAUUGCUACUUCGUUCGUGAGCGCGUUCAGUCCGGCGACAUUGCUCCUCGGAAGAUUGCCACCUCGGAGCAACCAGCUGACUUGUUUACGAAGGGAUUGAGUGUUGAUCAGUUUCAUCAUCUCUUCGGCAAGCUUGGACUUCUUGACAUUCACUCCUUCGCUUGAGGGGGAGUGUUGGGAUCCCUAUUGUAAUUGGCCACUAUGCUAGGGGUCUUUCUAUUAUUUACCUUUCCCUACGUUGCAUGGAGUUAGGGUUUGGUUUUGUAUAUAUAUUCGGCCGCCCUCUGCUGUAAACCCUAAGGGGAGAAUAGUACUCAAAUAAUAAAACUCAGCCGAGAGC